UUUUAAUCUAGACUUCAGUUGCUACUGGACCUAAACGAUGCUCGCUUGGGACCGUUGAAAGGGACAGGAGGGCAGCAUAUCGGACCGGGCCUGAUCAGCGCUGGGCAGCAUAUCGGACCGGGCCUGAUCAGCGCUGGGCAGCAUAUCGGACCGGGCCUGAUCAGCGCUGGGCAGCAUAUCGGACCGGGCCUGAUCAGCGCUGAUUCCUCUAUAAAUUAAGAAAAGGGUGAAAAGCAAGACAGACUUCGGGAGCUCUCAAACAUUUAACCUCAAGGCAGAUGUCAUGAAUUACACAGACCCGGUUGUGGAGAAGGCCGUCAACUCCUGGUCCAGAAUCGCCUCGGCCGGACAGUCUGUCCUUCUUGAGGCGUUACAGAUCCUCAACCCCAUGUCAAAGGAUCUCUCAGACACAGAGGAACUAGUAACCUUUCUCCAAGGGCUUAAAGAGGAGGGCCACAAGCCCACAGUGCUACGAAGUAAAGAUGUGUAUGGAUAUAGGUCUUGUACGGCCAAAACACUACCAGAAGAGAUGUACUCUACAGACAUGGCUAGCAAGGGUUCAAGGACAGGCAAGAAGAGGGGAAGGAGGAAGAAGAAGAAGAAGGAGUCUAACAAGUACGCAUCGUGGAGUACUAGUGCAUCAGAAUCUCACAAGGGAUCUGUCUUUUCCAGAUGUCCGGUUAUGACUAUUGAACCUCCACCGGUACAGCAAUGUCUGAAACUAACGAACAUUACAGGUUUGAGGAGGGGUCACACUGCGAGACUGCAGAUUCACUCUCAACCUCCAACACUUUCAGGGAUACCGUUGCUGCCUUCGCAGAACAUGGGUAGAACACCAAAAGCAGUGGCGUUGGUCGGUCAAAGGUAUCAUCCCUUCUGUCCGGAAUGGAAUGGAGCCCUUAUCGGAGACUCCGCCCCGGUGAUAUAUCAAAACGGCCGAGGAGUUUACGACUACAAGAUUGACGUGUCGAACCACAGACGGUCCUGGAGGGAUGACCGGUCUCUGUGGGUGAUGAAUGAUCAGGAGGAGUGUCGUCUAGAUGAGAACAGCCUGCGGUUGAAGGUGAUCAAAGUGGACGACUGCGUCACGGUGGAGGAGCUGAGGAGGAAGGCCCAGAGGAUCCUGCAGGUGAACCUGUCCCCUGUCAUACAGAUACGACCGCUGUAUGAAACUGUAGCGGAAUAGCAGAGUGAUAUCUCUAGUGACGUCUUGGUUUACCCUAUCUAGUGUUUCUUGUAUUGAGCAGCGACGGGAUGAUGGCGUCAACAGGACUGAAGGAACUGACGUUUCACAGAAGUUCCACACGGUGGUGCUUGAAAGACGCUCCAUAGACAUUACAGAAUGGGGCGUAUUAGUGAUUUUCUACCAGCUUCUGUUUUGUACCCGGAGGAUGGACUGAUAGACUUGGUGAGCAGUGUCACAGCACACUGUAGGAUCACUUUUCUUGCAAGAACAAAAAUAAAAUGUUUACCGUAUUUGGUCUAGCAGUCUCCUCCCACACGACACUUUGCAGAUUUCGGUCCCCUGAAGUGAAUGUGUAAAUGGUGCAACCUUGUUUUAGGGACAGUCUUUUACAUUUAGAUCUUCCUGUGGUUACUGACUCAUUUGAUUUAGUUUUAUCUACUUUUGUGUAGCCUAUUUCAUUGAGUUUAAACUUUGACGGCCUCAAAUUAUUCUGUGUUUGCUGAAUGUAAGAACUUGAAUCGUAACAAUUCCAUUGCAGGACAAAGUUAAAAUGGCCUUAUUCUUUUCAACUAAAAUAAUUAGUAUUUUUGUAGUGGCUGAUUUUGUUUUAUUUUCUCUGGGUAAAGCAUUUAAUAGCAUCAUCAACCACCCUAUCUUUGAAGUAUUUUAUUUUACCUGGAUUGCAGAACUUUUCCUAACGGCAGAUGUUUGAAAAUGGAAACAGAUAUUAGAUAUUAUUUUACUGUCUUAGAUCGGGUGCUAACUUUGCAUUGGUGCUAACUGGGAACCAGCUAAAUCUGGCCAUUUGUGAAGAAGUUGCCACAAAGUGUUUUGCGAUCUUUCAUCACUAGUUCAGUUGAAUGGUUUAGGAUGCGCUUCUUCCAUAACCACAGGGACUGUGGUAUCAAAUGUGUCCCAAAUGGCACCCUAUUCCCUAUAUAGUGCACUACUUUAGACCAGAGAAUGGCACCCUAUUCCCUAUA